GUGCCACCGUGGGUCAAAGCCUUUUCUUCAAGCCGAUCUGCACGUCCGGGCCGAUCCCCAGAGAGCGGCUGGAGCGGUGAGCUCGGUGUCUCGAGGAGGCACGGAGGAGGGCAGGAUGGUGCUGGCAGAUCGGCGGACCCGGGGCAGGGAGGGUCACGGCAAGGCGAAGCCGAGCAAGUGACGAGGCUCUCGCCUGGCUUUUCGCCAAUGGGCCCCUCCCAGCGCAGGAUGGGAAAAGCCGCGACGCCUCUUGUUGUGUGCGGUCUGCGCCGCACGUCCCCUCGAAUUGAAAGAUGACGCUCCGGCAGGAGGAAGGCGGGAGGCGUGUCUGCCCGGAGGAGCAGAAGAUCUUCAGCCCAGGCUCGCUUUAGCUGCGGCAGAGGCGACAUGUCGUUGGUGCCUUCUCGCCGCCUGUGUCGGGCGCUGCUGCUCCUCCUCCUCGCCCUCCUCUCCAGAGGCGCUUCCGAGGAAGCCCCGACUGCGGAGCAGCGCUGCUUUUGUCAGGUCACCGGCCAUUUAGAUGACUGCACUUGUGAUGUUGAGACAAUUGAUACCUUCAACAAUUAUAAACUUUUCCCCCAGUUGCAAGAACUUCUGCAAAGUGAUUAUUUCAGAUAUUACAAGGUUAAUUUAAAGAAGCCUUGUCCUUUCUGGAGUGAUGGUAGUCACUGUGGAAUUAGACACUGUGCUGUUAAUCCAUGCUCAUCUGAAGCGGUUCCUUGUGGAAUUAGAUCAGAGACUAAUAAGUAUUCAGAAGCAGCAGCUGCCACUCCCUCUGCUGAAAGCUGUGGAAAAGCAGAAAACCUUGGGGCUGUUGACAAAUCUUUGAGUGAAGAAACUACACGAGCUAUGAUUCAAUGGACUCAGCAUGAUGACUCUUCAGAAAACUUUUGCGAAGCUGAUGAUAUCCACUCUCCUGAAGCAGAGUAUGUAGAUUUGCUUCUUAAUCCAGAACGUUACACUGGUUACAAAGGUCCUGAAGCCUGGAAGAUUUGGAACAGUAUUUAUGAAGAAAACUGUUUUAAGCCGCGCUCGGUGAAAAGGCCUUUAAAUCCACUGGCAUCUGGCAGAGGAACAAGAGAAAAUGAAGGGAAUAUGUUUUACAGCUGGUUGCAAGGUCUCUGUGUGGAGAAGAGAGCUUUCUACAAACUUAUUUCUGGUCUUCAUGCAAGCAUCAACAUUCAUCUCAGUGCCAGAUACCUUUUGCAAGACACAUGGGCAGAGAAGAAAUGGGGGCACAAUGUUACAGAGUUCCAGCUGCGUUUUGAUGAGGUCUUGACACAAAGCGAAGGUCCCAGGAGGCUGAAGAACCUGUAUUUCAUCUAUCUAAUUGAGUUACGGGCCCUCUCAAAAAUUUUGCCCUUUUUUGAACGCCCUGAUUUCCAGUUGUUCACAGGGGACGAGGAUCAAGAUGUAAAAACCAAGAACCACCUCCUGGAAAUUCUUCAUUUAAUUAAAUCCUUUCCUUUGCACUUUGAUGAAAAUUCACUUUUUGCUGGAAACCAAAAAGAAGCUGCUAAGUUAAAGGAGGAAUUUCGGUUCCAUUUUAAGAACAUUUCAAGGAUCAUGGACUGUGUAGAGUGCCUGAAGUGCCGCCUUUGGGGGAAGCUGCAGACUCAGGGCUUGGGAACAGCACUGAAGAUUCUGUUUUCUGAAAAACUGAUAGAAAAUAUACCAGAAAAAGGUCCUUCGCAUGAUUUUCAUCUAACAAGGCAGGAGAUUGUGUCCCUCUUCAAUGCUUUUGGAAGGAUUUCAACAAGUGUUAAAGAAUUAGAAAACUUCAAGGAGCUCUUACGCCCACUUCAGUGAAUUGACCCUGAUGGAGACCAACUUCCUUGUUUUAUGCAGAUUGGGCUCAGAGUGAUUUCUGCUGGUGUAGUGCCAGCAUGAUCCCAUUCUUGGCAAGAAGGACUAAGUCAACAUGAUCAUAAAAAUUGAUCACAUUCUCUAGCUUACAAAUUUAUAUUUGGCUUUGAGGUAGCUAAAAUAUUCAUACAAGACUCUUCUUCCAGAGGAGGAUAUACAUCAAAUAUUGGCCUUAUGCAUCCUGUCUUCUUAAAACACACACACACACAGACACAGACACACACAGACACACACACACACACACACACAUCAUGAAGGUAGGAGAAUUGUAUCCUUCCUGCAAAUUGCUGAAAUACAACUUUCGGCAGCCUUUUUCAGCAUGACCAUUAGUGAGAGAUGCUAGGAAUAUGUGAAGGACUUCAGGUUCCUUACCCCUUGUUUACUAGGUUUCUUCCAGCCUGAAGGAUCUUAGCGCUACUAAUAAAAAGGCACAGUGCAGCUAUUCUAUACACUUUUCUAUUUGUGGAAGGAAAAGGCUAGUUGAGAAAACCAUGGUUACAAAUGAGACAUGAUGACAUCACCUGGAUUCCCUGCAAAGCAACUGCAUGAUAAAAUGUCUCAUUUAGACACAUGAUUAGAAUCUCUUAAUCUUACAUAACAAUGUCUCUUAACAAAAAUUAUUUUUCUGCUUCAGUGUCCUUAAAUAAUCUUAUGUAAAAUGCCUGAAUCAACCUAGUCUCACAUAUUUGAAUGAAAUCCCAGUGAGUGAUAGACUUACAAGAGCCAUUUGGGGCAGGUCCACCUGCCUGUUCAAUAUAGGAACUGAAAUUAAAGCAUUCUCAGCAAGAUGCCUCUCUCCUCUCAUGCGGUUUGCAUGUCAUCUUUUGAAACUGGUUGGAAGUGGAGCUCCAGACUUCAUACUUCCAGUCAACUCCUGUUUAUCACUGAGUUGUAUGAGAUGGGCCUAUGACAAUUUGCUGCAGUCAACUCACCCCGGCAAACUUGCCAUGGCCAACUUGCCAUGGUCAACUUCCUGUGGCCAACUCACCACAGGGCAACAUGGCAAGUUGGCCUCAGCAAGUUGGCCGUGGCAAGUUGGCCAUGGUGAGUUGACUGCAGCAAAUUGUGGAACAAGAGUUACACUAAUAUCAAAGAAAUAGUGGAAUAGAAUCAUUAAAGGAUGCAAAAGGAAGGACAAAAUGAAAUGUGAAUGACAAAAAAUUAAAAUAUUUUUUUAUUUAUUUUAAGUAAGUAUUGUUAAACUGUCCUGCAGUGAGUUGUCCUAUGGCAAAUUGGCUGUGGUCAGUUGUCCUAUGGCAAGUUGGCCACAAUGAGUUGGUCAUGGUGAGUUGUCUCAUUCCAGUAUGAAAUGCUUCUUUAUUCUCCAAAAUUAAAAACCAAGCUCUGAGCAUCUGGUUCCCCAUCCAGACACUCUCCAGAGAUCCCAUUAUAUAUCUUUUUAUUCCCAACUGAAAUAGCCAUUAGUUUGCUGGCUGGGAAUGAUGGAAUUGAGACUACAUUACUAUGAUUUUGGUACAACAAUUUUUAAUCGUUUGGUGCCCACUAUAUGGUUCAAAGCUAUGCCACAGAAAAACUUUAAGAACAAUUUGAAACAGAUCAGUCUUUUAUUAGGACUGCCUGAUUGUUCUGCAGCUGCUGGGUGAUUGCAGAAAAAUUCAGGUUUGGUUUAAGGAGUUGCAGAAAAAUGAUUCGUGAUUCCACCUGUCCUCCCAAAUUCAGAACCACCUUUACAGCCCUAUUAGGAUCCUAUUUUUUUACUCACUGUUUUUAGUUGUACAUUCCAUUGAGUGUGUUUACUCCACACAAUCUUUUGGUGAUUAAAGGAAAGAUUACAGGGUUCAAUAAAGGAAAUACUGAUCAUAAAACAAGAUAUUUAAGUGUUUAACAGUGGAAGUCAUUGCACAGGGUUUUGAAUGUUAUAGCUGUUGUGCUCCAUUUUACAGAGCUGUAGAUUAUGAACCUUUUACAAGUUUUAAUAAUAUUCUUCAGAAGUUGGGGUAAAAUUACACCUUAAUUUUUCCCUUUUAGCAUAAUCCACAGCAUUUCCAGAAUAAACCAAGGAAGGUGCCAGGGGUAAAAAAAUUUUUAUAUCUGUACUCAUGAUCCCCUCUCAUCUUGCUUAUUAGCAGGCUUGGUGCAAUUUUGACACUAAAUUGCAACAUUUUAUACCCUGGUGUGAGAGUUUAAGAUUCCCUCCCAAACGUUUUCAUGAAAAGAACACUCCAUAUUUGCCAAGCCAUUGUUUUGUGCCAGACUUCCCCAACUUGGGUACAGUGUUCCCAGAAUUCUCAGCAACAAGUAGCUGGCUGGGGAAUUCUGGGAAUUGAAUCCAUGGGAAUUUCCCCACCCACAUUGGGGAAAAAUUUUCCUGUGUUAAGAUAAACAUGGGGGGGAGGGGGUUGCAAUAAAACCAUAGAGAAUUUCUGCCACUGAGCUAGAUAGAUUUGUAACUUAGUUUAUAAUAGCCUAGAGAAGUUUUUUUAAAUUGCCUGGAAAAUAAAAGCUACUCAGGGAACAACUGUUAUACAGUUGUUAUACAGUUAUACAAUAACAGUUACACUUGGGCUUUCCAAUUCCCUACUGUUGCAGAAAGGAUCUUCAGCAGAAAUUGGAUCCUGCAGAUCAAGCAGGUCUUGUAUUUCGGUAAUCCUUCCAUUAGCUCUGAAACCUCAACAGGACAUAUGCUAUUGUAAAUUGGCCUAAGAGGAAGGGCAGCCUUAAUUUAGGCCAGCCGUUGAGAUUACAAGCUGAUGAGAUGGGAACUGGGCAUUUCAAGCUUAAAGUAAAAAAAAAAAAGUAAAGGCUUUUUGGCCCUCACCACUGAAUGUAAUACUUUGGAGCUGCCUCUACCUUUUAUGUGUUUCAUUUCUUAUUUGUUUAGUAAAAUGAUGCUUCUUUGAUUGAUUGAUUCUAUUUUCAAGGAAAGCACAGAAAUAAUUUUGUCCUGUACUUGAAUUGCUCUUUACUGUGAAGAUUAAAGACUUCAAAAUAAGAUUAAAGAUUAAGACUACUUCCAACCCACCCCCCCAGUUUCCUUCUUUUUGAUUAAAUCAGCAUAGAGAGGACUUCUAGGAGAAUAAUGCAAACUUUGCUAAAUUGCCUUGGGGGUUGGGAGCUGAGGUGGACAAUACUUGAAUGUAAAAGUAGAUGUAAAUACAAAAAAUGGAUAUGA